AACAUCGCCUUCUCGUGCUAAGUUGGAAAUGCAGAACAAGAUGUGUAACUUGUUACCAGAAAUGGUCUCCCUGUUUCUACUUAGCUUUGCUUUCAAAAUUAGUUCGUCCUUGGCAACCAAAGGGGAAGGAAAAUUACAAACUUACAUUGUCUUUCUAGAGAAACCAGAACGUGCAGUACUAAUGCGGCCUAAAGAAUUAGACCGCUGGUAUCAGACAUUUUUACCAGCUUCCGCCUUAAAAUCAAACCAACCCCACAUUCUAUAUUCCUACCGCAAUGUGAUUGUCGGGUUCGCUGCGAAAAUAACAGCACAAGAAGUAAAAUUCAUGGAAAGGAAAAAAGGAUUUGUCUCAGCUCGUCCAGAGAAGAUGUUCUCUCUUCACACAACUCAUACUCCCAGCUUCUUGGGUUUGCAACCCAAUAUAGGAUUUUGGAACUAUUCCAAAUAUGGGAAGGGAGUCAUUAUAGGACUUCUGGACACUGGAAUAACACCUGAUCACUCUUCAUUUAGUGACAAAGGAAUGCCUUCUCCACCAGUAAAAUGGAAAGGAAAAUGCGAAUUCAGUGAGACAACAUGCAAUAGAAAGCUCAUUGGUGCAAGAAAUUUCAUUUCUGCUGGUGUUCCUCCAUAUGAUGAGAUAGGGCAUGGGACUCAUACAGCUAGCACAGCAGCGGGAAGUCCAGUUCAAGGAGCCAAUUUUUAUGGGCAAGCCAAUGGCACUGCGGUUGGCAUUGCACCGUUAGCCCACUUGGCAAUGUACAAAGUUUGCAGUGAAGCAGGUUGCGGAGAGGCUGAGAUAUUGGCUGCAAUGGAUUCUGCGGUUGAUGAUGGUGUUGAUGUGCUUUCACUUUCUCUUGGAGGAUCUCCGCUUCCUUUCUACAAUGACGGUAUUGCAAUAGGGGCAUUUAGGGCUAUUCAAAAGGGGACUUUUGUGAGUUGCUCAGCUGGUAAUUCAGGUCCAGAUGAAAGCUCUUUAUCAAAUGAGGCUCCGUGGAUCGCAACAGUAGGAGCAAGCACUGUAGAUAGAGAAAUAAGAGCAACAGUUUUGCUUGGAAAUAACUCAACUUUUGAUGGUCAAUCCCUUUUUCAGCCAGAAGAUUUCCCUUCAUUCUUCUUCCCACUUGUUUAUGCAGGGGCAAAUGGCGAUGAAUUAUCUGCAUUUUGUGCACCAGGAUCACUGCGCAAUGUUGAUAUCAAAGGGAAGAUAGUAUUAUGCGAGAGAGGAGGGGAGAUAGAUAGGAUUGGCAAAGGCGAAGAAGUGCUGGAUGGAGGCGGUGUAGCCAUGAUUCUAAUGAAUGAUGAGCUCAGUGGCUAUGUCACCUCAGCUGAUGCUCAUGUUCUACCAGCAUCACAUGUGAGUUACAUGGAUGGAUUAGCCAUCAAAUCAUAUUUAGACUCCAUAGCAUCACCAAUUGCUACAAUCAAGUUUGAAGGAACAGUAACCGGUUUGCUGGAUGCUCCUAAGGUUGCUUCCUUUUCCUCGAGAGGUCCUAGCUUGGCAAGUCCUGGGAUAUUGAAACCAGACAUUAUAGGCCCUGGUGUGAGCAUUUUAGCGGCUUGGCCAAUUUCAGCUGAUGAUGGGCCCAAUACAAAAUCAACAUUCAAUAUGAUCUCAGGCACCUCAAUGUCUUGUCCUCAUAUUAGUGGUGUUGCUGCUUUGCUCAAAAGUGCUCACCCUGACUGGUCACCUGCUGCCAUAAAAUCUGCCAUUAUAACUACUGCUCGUUUAUCAAACAUGGAAGGCAAGCCCAUUUCUGAUCAACAACUUGUUCCUGCUAAUGUAUUUGAUAUUGGUGCAGGCCAUGUGAACCCAUCAGAAGCAAAUAAUCCAGGCUUAGUUUAUGAUAUCCAACCUGAAGAUUACAUUCCUUAUCUUUGUGGCUUAGGCUAUUCAGACAAAGAAAUAAAAAUUAUCGUGCAGCGCACAGUGAAAUGCUCAAAUGGUUCAAGUAUACCUGAAGCUCAGCUGAAUUAUCCUUCAUUUUCUAUCAAAUUGGCAUCCGAUCCAAGGAAAUACACAAGAACAGUAACAAAUGUCGGCCUGUCAGGGUCAUCUUUCACCCAUGAGAUUAUUGCCCCACGAGGUGUAAAUGUAGAAGUAACGCCUACUACGCUAGUAUUCAAUGCAGUGAACCAGAAAGCAACAUACUCGGUGACAUUUAGCAAAAAUGAGGAUGCCACUGGAUCUUUUGCUCAAGGCUAUCUUACUUGGAAGUCAGACUUGUAUAGUGUUAGAAGUCCAAUUGCUGUCAUCUUUGAAUGAGGAUUAAAGAAUUAGCCUAGGUGCUAGAGCUUAAUAGCUGAGGGUAUGUUCUCUAGGUGUAAAAUGCUUGAUUUAAUAAUGAAUUGAAUAUUUGGAAGC